CGGCAAUCAGAACGUCUGUCAUAAGAGCAGACGAGGCAUCGGCUAUAAGGCCCACCGAGCGACCACUUCGAGAAGAAUCUGACUCCAGCUUGAAUUCUAAGUACUUACUUACUCAUCGCGGCAUCUCUGAACUUCGAGGCUGCCGCGGGCCGGUAGCCCGCGUUCUUCCAAAUACGAGGCGUCACUGAGUUGACUCAGACGGCGUGGCUCCGAAGACGGCCCUAAGACAGAUGUCUACUUCUGCUUGAUAUAUAACCUCCCCUGUUUUCACGCCUGGCCUCCUGCACGAACAACCUGAUGUCAUCCAUUGCUAGCGAGCAUACUCUGCCCGUCGAAGAACAUGCCAUUUCGACUCCGCAGACUGCCGAGCAAGAUCAAUCUGGGUUGGCGGAGAAACCCUUGGACAUGAAAAAGUCUGUUCACGGUGCCACUGCGAGGGCUCCAGAGCCGGGAGUGAAUGAUGCGGAGUAUCCAUCUGGUGUAAAGCUCGUUCUGAUGACGAUAGCAUUGUGCUUGAGUGUGUUCCUGGUCGCUUUGGACAACACGAUCAUAGCGACCGCAAUUCCCAAGAUCACGGACCAAUUCAAUUCUUUGGAAGAUGUGGGAUGGUAUGGCUCUGCGUACGUGCUCGUUCCAGUUCUUCUGCAUUUUGGAAACCGAUGGAUGUUGCACACAGGUAUCUGCUGGUACACGACCGCCGCCACGCAAUUGCUCUUCGGAAAGUUCUACACGUUCAUGCCCGUCAAAUGGGUAUUCAUAACUGCCAUCGUCAUAUUUGAAAUCGGAUCUGCCAUCUGCGGUGCUGCCCCCAAUUCCAAAGCGCUCAUCAUCGGCCGUGCUAUUGCCGGUUUAGGCUCUGCGGGCAUCUUUUCUGGCGCCAUGAUCAUCAUCGCCAACACAGUCCCGCUCGCGAGAAGGCCGAUAUACAGUGGAAUCAUUGGCGCGACGUUCGGUAUUGCCAGCGUUGCAGGCCCAUUGAUGGGGGGUGUUUUCACGGACAGAUUGAGUUGGCGCUGGUGCUUCUACAUUGUGCGCCAAUCUCCCCCGGGCGCAUUCACCCUUGCUUUCCUCGUCUUCUUGUUCAAGAUGCCAGCCAAGGCCUCAGUCAAAAACGAAAAGACCUUUAAGGAGAAGCUCAUGCAGUUUGAUCCUUUCGGCACAGUCCUCUUCAUUCCAGCCAUCAUCUGCCUGCUGCUUGUUCUGCAGUGGGGCGGAUCCAAGUACCCAUGGAAGAGCGGCCGUGUUAUUGCGCUCUUCAUCGUCUUCGGCCUUCUCAUCGCUGUGUUUAUCGUUCUCCAGCUCCGACAAGGUGACCGGGCGACCAUCCCUCCGCGCAUCAUUAAGCAGCGCAGCAUCUGGAGCGGGGCAUGGUACGCGUUCUCUGUUGGUGCAGCGUUCUUCCUCCUCUCGUUCUACCUCCCGAUUUACUUCCAGUCGAUCCACAAUGUCUCCGCAGUCAAAUCUGGGAUAUCAACGUUGCCCAUGAUCCUUUCUCUGAUCAUUUCCUCCAUUUUGGUUGGCCUGCUCGUCGCCCAGGUGGGAUACUACGUGCCGUUUAUGAUCGCCUCGACCAUCAUUGCCAGCAUCGGCGCUGGACUGAUCACCACGCUCGGAGUAUCUUCAGGCCACGCAAAGUGGAUUCCGUACCAGUUCAUCUACGGCUUAGGUCUUGGUCUGGGCCAGAAUCAGCCCGCGCUGGCUGCACAGGCCGUGCUCGACAUCGAAGACGUCCCAUCUGGCACUACCAUCGUCAUGUUUGCACAAACGUUGGGCGGUGCCUUGUUCAUCUCCGUCGGUCAGAACGUCUUCACCAACAAGCUCGAGAGUGGAUUGGCCAAAUACGCUGCGGGCCUUGACCCCAACCUUGUUCUCUCUGCCGGCGCAACGACCCUGCGGUCUGUUGUGCCUGCUGACAAGCUCGCUGGCGUGUUGCUUGCAUAUUCCUACGCACUGCAAUCAGCGUACUACGUCGCCGUGGCCAUGUCAGCUCUGUCCGUCUUCGGCUGCAUAGCUAUCGAGUGGAAGAACAUCAAGGGCAAGGACAUCGAGAUCGCCAUGGGUUAGAUAGGCCCAUUCUCUCGCUCAUUAUUUCACGCAUCACAGGACUAUCCGAGUCCCUACGCUCGUGUCUGUAUUCACGUCUAUUUACAACAUGACUAAUUGGACAUAAUCUUUGUCCCUAAUUC